UUUUGUCGUCAACUUCUACUGAGUUCCUAGUUAAACGGGAUAAACAAUCGUCAACAAUGGACAAACACAACAGUUCUGAAUUAUUGAAUUCAGAUUUUUCGUUAUCAAAGAACGCGAGUUCCGAUUCAUUGGACUCAGACUCAAAAUCGAGUUCAUUGAAUUCUAAACACGGACAAGACUCCCCACAUGUACUGGGAGAUAUUCAACUCUUAGAUGGUGAAAAGGUGAUGAGUUUAGCCCGAGAUGUGACUUAUUUAUGUCCAUAUAGUGGUCCGUCUAGAGGAGUACUAAAAGUGACAAAUUAUCAGUUACACUUCAGACCGACUGACACCGCUGCGUUACAGAGUACUCUUAGCGUGCCUCUUGGUGUUGUUUCUCGAAUUGAAAAGGUUGGGGGAGCAUCAUCAAAAGGUGAAAAUUCAUAUGGCAUUGAAAUAUUUUGCAAGGAUAUGAGAAAUUUAAGGUUUGCACACAAACAAGAGAAUCACUCUCGACGUGGAAUAUUCGAGAAACUGCAGCAAUUAGCAUUUCCACUGUCGCAUAGAUUGCCUUUAUUUGCGUUUAGUUAUUCAGAGAGUUUCUCCGAAGAUGGAUGGCAUGUGUAUGAGCCUAUUGCUGAGCUUAGGCGCAUGGGUGUAAAUAACGACAUGUGGCGUAUAACUCGCAUAAACGACAAGUAUGAAGUUUGCGACAGUUACCCAUCUAUAUGGGCAGUGCCAGCAGCCGCGAAUGAUGACUUACUGCGCUCCGUAGCCACGUUCAGGUCUCGAGGAAGAAUACCAGUGCUUGCAUGGAUACAUCCUAGUUCACAGGCCACUAUCACACGGUGUAGCCAGCCUUUAGUAGGGGUAAGUGGUAAACGCAGUCGUGAAGACGAGCGCUACAUACAGUUGAUAAUGGAUGCGAAUGCGCAAGCGCACAAGCUGUUCAUCAUGGACGCCCGACCUACUGCCAAUGCGGUUGCCAAUAAAGCUAAGGGAGGAGGUUAUGAAUCAGAGGAUGCGUACCAGAAUGCCGACCUUGUGUUCUUGGAUAUACACAACAUACACGUCAUGCGCGAGAGUUUGCGUAAACUCAAAGAGUUGUGCUUCCCACAAAUAGAUCAAACUAGAUGGUUCAGUGGUAUUGAAGCUACUUGCUGGUUGAAACAUAUUAAAUGCAUAUUGGCUGGAGCCGUCCGUAUAGUUGAUAAGGUGGAAAAUCACAAAACAUCAGUACUGGUUCACUGUUCAGACGGAUGGGACCGCACGGCUCAGCUGACGGCGCUGGCGAUGUUGAUGCUGGACCCCUACUACAGAACUCUAAGAGGAUUCGAGGUCCUCAUCGAGAAGGAGUGGCUGUCUUUCGGACACAAGUUUCAGUUGCGCAUAGGGCACGGAGACGAGCGUCACUCGGACGCGGACAGGUCCCCAGUGUUCGUGCAGUGGGUGGACUGUGUCUGGCAGCUCCAGCAACAGUUCCCAACCGCCUUCGAGUUCACUGAGAGACUCCUCAUCACCAUAGUGGACCAUCUAUACUCCUGCAGAUUUGGCACCUUCCUGUUCAAUACUGAGAGGGAACGGGUCAAGGAGGAAGUGAAAACAAAGACAGUAUCCCUCUGGUCGUACAUAAAUAGUCGCCAGGAUUUGUACCUGAACCCCCUCUACUGGGGUCCAUCGUCAUUCGGGGCCAGUUCUCCCCCCUCCCCCUAUUCUCGACCACAAGUCGUGUUAGUACCGGUCGCCUCGCUUCGUGUUAUCAAGCUGUGGAAGGCGUUGUACUGUCGAUGGAAUCCUACCAUGAGGCAGCAGGACCCUAUCUACCAGCGAACAAGAGAGCUGGUCGCAAUCCGGGCGCAAUUGGAAGCGGCCGCGGCCGCCGCCGCGGGAGACCAUGCGGCCAGGCAACAUCGCCUCGGACUCACUCCGCCCCGGGUCGCCAGCCCACACCAUGUAUGAAACGAGGACCUCUACUUCUACGACAGCCAUCUAUCUGUCUGAGAAGUCAUAAUGGACCUUACGACCAUUGCUGGUAACUUUCAAAUCAGUUUAUCAACGAACGUGCGCUUAAAGUCGUGUUUUUAAUGACCUGUGUAUGGUGUAACUAUUUUCCCCGGGUCGUCAGUCCUUGCCAUAGGACCUCUACUUCUACACCAGCCAUCUAUCUGUCUGAGAGGUCGAAAUAGACCUUAUGACCAGUGCUGGUAACUCUCAAAACUGUAUCUGUACCUAUAGAGUCGUCUUUUCAAUGAACUGUGUAUGGUGUAUAAGCAACUAUUUUUAAAAUAUCAUGCACACGAAACAAGCACUUAACGACUAAUGUUGGUAACAUACAAAAUCAGUUUAUUGACGAACAUGCAAAUAGAGUCGUGUUUUCAUUGGAGUAUGAUAGAUCAUAUAAUAUGGUACAUAAUUAACAGCACACAUAUUAUUGUUAUGCACACAAAAAUACACCUUAUCAACCAGUGUGAAUAACCUUUCAAAUCGGUAUAAUAACAAGCAUGCAAUACGAUUCAUUGUUGUGUAAGUAUUGGGUCAUAAUAUACUGUUUUAUAAAUAACUGUUUCCUAAGAUAUUAUGCAUAAGUUGUCAAUAAUAUUAUCUCUCUUACGUUGACUGGGUUUCAUCUUACUAUAACCAGAAGCCCAUCAACUAAAACUUGACUUCAAGGAAAAAUAUUAAAAUAUUGCCAAAUAUUUUUACUUUAUAAAUAGGUAUGCUUAUAUAGAACAUAAAAACGUAUAUAAUUAGGUCUUUAAGUAUUUAUGUGAAAAGAAAAUAUGUGUCUUAGAUAUUGCAUGAUUCAAAUUAUAAUAAUGUGAGAAAUUAAAAAUAAAGCAAAGUCCAUAAUUAUAGAUACAUGUUUAAUGUUGUUAUUAUUGUAGUUUUAAACUGUCAAACACUUAGCGGUCACCGGUGACCGCAACCUAUUGUUCUAUAAUUGUGUCUACAAAACCGGUACUCGACGAGUUAAACUUUAGCGAUGAAUAAAACUGUAUAGAUGUUUUAUCUAACGAGCGCGGGUGCACCAUACUUUAUGUGGGUACACGCACAUUGUCUUUCUUUGCGUGCGCUCGGGAACGCCCAGUUUCGCGCGGCGUGACAAUGAAUGAGUUUGCUGCAUACAAGCGCGCGACUAUACGAACUACAACUAUGGCUCCACCGCUCGCGUGUGAUCAAAUAACUAUAAUUGUAUAUUAAUAAUCAUACAUUCGAUGUUAUGUAUAUGAAAUAUAGAUUUAACAGUUUCAAUCGUUUGUUUACGUUGUUAUUCAUGCAACAUCAGCCUUGAGCGGUAGAUUACAACGAUUUUUUACAUAAAACUUGAAAAAAGAAAACAUUUUUAAACCUAAAACUUAUGUUUGACCAUCAGUCCAUCUAUCGUGCUGUCGGCGUAGGUACAGAGGUAAGACCUCUGAGGCCUUAGUACAAGUUUGUUUCACAUUUAUAGUAAUCGAAACGAGUGCGCGUUCAGCGCUCAAUGAAGCAACUAAUCAGAGCUGAGUUUACACCCCGUAUAAAGCUCAAGAGUUUGUAUGAAUGCGCUAAUCUCAGGAACUACUGACCCGAUUUGAAAUAUUGUUUUUGUGCUGGAUAGUCCAUUUAUCGAGGAA